AUGGUUAAACAAAAUAUUGAAAAAAUACUACAAAGUAUUAAAAAAACAUCAUAUGGCACUGGCGAAUUUAAAGUUGUUGAACCUGGGAACAUCAGAACUAAUGCAACGACGCCAAAUUAUCAAGCUACUCUGAAAGAAGUUGAGGAAAUGAACAGUGUACUUGAAACUCUGCAUCGAACUAUUCUUUCUCAGUUGCAGCCUUACAGUCAAGCAAACAGUGUCCUCCCGUCUAACUAUAACAACAGUAAUAAUGUCGUGGAUGAAAAUUUCAUCAAAGCCGUUAAACAGAGUGCAUUGGAUUCACCACAGUUCAAAGAUCAACUGAAGCUCAUCAAUAAGGUUCAUCAUUUGAAAUCAAAAUUGUCUUUUGCCGGUUUGCUGCUGAAACGGAUGUCUCGUGAAAAAAAUAAAUUACUGAAAUUAAGUAACCAACAGCAGUUUAUUAUUAAAAAAUUAUCAGCCUCUGUUGGCAACGUGAGAACGAUUCCUUCAAAAUCUGAAAGCAAUAUGAACGUUAAAGUUUCAUCAGAACUUUCAGACAGAAAAAUAAUAAACGACGAGAACAGUUUGGUGGAGGAUGAAAGUUCUGUGAAAAAUUCAAACCAGUCGGUAGGAAACAAUCCUCCUCUCAGAUCAAUGAAUGAAAGUGAGGCUCAUGAUUUUCUGGACGAAAUAUGGCAGAUGUUGGAUGAAGAUGAAGAAAAUAACAUAUUUAAUGAUACUAAAGCCAAAGAUGAGGCUGAUGAUAACGUAAAAAACAUGUUCAGUCCUGAUUGGAUGUUGAACAGCUCAAAAAAAUACAUUCAUAUGAGGCAACCAAGAAUUAAACAUGAAACGGUUCCUCACAAGUUGCCUAAAACCGACAAAACUGAAAAAGAAGUGAAAACAGGAGGUUCUUUUAGUAAACCAAUUACAUCCUCAGUCAAUAAAGGACAGUUGUUGGAUAUGAAGAGAAUGCUUUACAAAGAUGCAAACCUUACAAAAUAA